UAGAUGCUGGAGCAGUCGAAGUGGUCGGAAGCGUAAAUUUGUACGUCGCGUUUCGAGUGAAAAUUUCCGGUGCAAAAUAGUGCAGAACUUGGCCUUCGCUGCCAAUUUCGUCGAGUAAAGUUUAAAAAAGUGUUAACUUAAGUGAUCGGACAGGCAGAAGGCAUCAGAAUCACCCCAAUCCGAUUGGGGGUGGCUCACAGUAGCACCCUUAUCUGUCACAAGGAUAAAGGGAGAACGUCUCCUUUUUCCCCCUUGCUCUAGUGUCGGUAAUAGGAGCGUCGCGUAUCGCGCACCCGCGUAUACCUUGCCGUAGAUACCGAAUGGAAUAAUCUAACAAGCGUUUUUCAACGAAGGAAACAUCAUUUCUUGUGCAUUACCCCCAAAGGGGUAGUAGAACUUGUCAGAGGAGAACUUUCUUCUGAUUGUGUAUCUGGCGGUUGAAGUAGUUUACUGUGUCGUAGAGGUCUUGAUAAGUUAAUUGAACGAAUAAAAUCCCGGGUGAAGAACACACCGGGCCCGGUUCGCGAUGACCCUUUGCCGUGCGGCGACAAUGUUCGCACUAGUGUGUAUGGUUUUGCUAAGUGGCUUCAAUUGCUUAAAUGCCGUGGAAGCUGCCUCCAAAGUGGACGACUCGAAAGGUCCCGUAUUUCUAAAGGAACCCACGAAUAGGAUCGACUUUUCAAACUCGACUGGAGCCGUGGUAGAAUGCAGCGCGACCGGAAACCCACCGCCGGAAAUGAUCUGGAUCCGUUCGGAUGGAACGGCGGUCGGUGAGGUACCCGGUCUGCGACAGAUUCUGCCGAACGGAAAUUUGGUCUUUCCCCCAUUCCGGGCCGAAGAUUAUCGACAGGACGUGCACGCCCAAGUCUACGCAUGUAUGGCCAAGAAUCAGUUUGGAUCGAUCAUUUCGCGGGAUGUCAAUGUCAGGGCUGUUGUUCAGCAGUACUACGAAUCGGAGGUGAACAAUGCGUACGUGAUCCGAGGUAAUGCCGCAAUUCUGAAAUGUUCCAUUCCCUCCUUCGUGGCCGAUUUCGUUUCGGUUGUGUCGUGGAAUGAUGAUUCAGGAAGUGUCUAUCAAUAUCUGGGCAACAGCAGCCACUUGGACGUGGAUUUCGAAACUGAUGGCAAAUAUAUGGUGCUACCAUCCGGAGAGCUGCACAUCCGUGAAGUUGGACCCGAGGAUGGCUAUAAGAGCUACCAGUGCCGAACUAAGCAUCGGCUUACCGGAGAAACUCGGCUUUCGGCCACCAAAGGACGUCUCGUAAUUACAGAACCUUUGGCAAGUAUUGGACCUAGGUUGACAUCCGGUGAUAAAAGUCGCAACCUCGAGGUCAGGAAUCGGGAUAACGUCACACUACUUUGCCCAGCACAAUCUUAUCCUGUACCGAUAUACAGGUGGUAUAAAUACAUCGAGGGUACGACACGGAAGCAAGCGGUAGUGCUGAACGAGCGGGUCAAGCAAGUCUCCGGAACGCUGAUCAUCAAAGAUGCCGUGGUGGACGAUUCCGGAAAGUAUCUGUGUGUCGUUAAUAAUUCGGUCGGCGGAGAAAGCGUGGAAACUGUGCUGACCGUAACGGCUCCCCUAGCGGCGAAAAUUGAACCGCGUACUCAGACUGUUGACUUUGGACGUCCGGCCGUCUUCACGUGCAAGUUUUCCGGCAAUCCGAUUAAGACCGUUUCUUGGAUGAAGGACGGAAAAUCACUCGGACACAGCGAUGCUGUGUUGCGGAUAGAGUCGGUUAAGAAGGAAGAUAAGGGCAUGUAUCAGUGUUUUAUCCGAAAUGACCAGGAAAGUGCGCAAGCUAGUGCAGAACUGAAACUAGGAGGACGAUUUGAUCCACCAGUUAUUCGUGAAGCUUUUCCCGAAGAAACUCGUCACCCAGGACCUUCGGUAUUCUUGAAAUGUAUCGCCGGCGGUAAUCCUACACCGGAAAUUUCUUGGGAAUUAGAUGGAAAGAAAAUUACCAACAGCGAACGUUAUCAGGUCGGUCAGUACGUAACGGUCAACGGUGAUGUUGUGUCUCAUUUGAACAUCAGCUCGAUCCACUCGAAUGACGGUGGUUUGUAUAAGUGUAUCGCUAGCAGUAAAGUCGGCGUUGCAGAGCAUUCUGCGAAAUUGAAUGUGUACGGUCUGCCAUACGUCCGAACUAUGGAAAAGAAAUCGAUCGUCGCUGGGGAAACACUAGUGGUAACCUGUCCAGUGGCUGGCUACCCGAUUGAUUCGAUUGUGUGGGAAAGAGACAAUCGACAGCUGCCAAUUAAUCGAAAACAGAGAGUUUUCCCCAAUGGAACACUUAUUAUUGAGAAUGUAGAGCGAAACUCCGAUCAGGCUACGUAUACUUGUGUGGCGAAAAACUCUGAAGGUUAUACCGCUCGGGGGACACUGGAAGUAGCUGUUAUGGUGCUACCGCAAAUCGUACCGUUCAGUUUCGGCGAGGAACAAGUCAAUCAGUAUGACAUGGUAUCGGCGAUGUGUACCGUCAAUAAAGGCGAUAUGCCGAUCGAUAUUAGCUGGGAAUUUACCCCAACUCUGCUGGAACCGCACACAGCACGGAAACUAUUCACUAGUGAUGGAGUUCUGCUCAGUCGCGGAAGUUCGCGCAUCAGCACCGUGAGCAUCGAUUCGGUUCGAGAUAGACAUAGCGGUAACUACACUUGCAGGGCGAAAAAUCAAGCUGGGGCGGUAGAAUUUACUACCACACUAUCUGUGAACGUUCCACCGAGGUGGAUUCUCGAACCAACCGAUAAGGCUUUUGCGCAAGGCUCGAACGCAAAAGUAGAAUGUAAAGCUGACGGGUUUCCGAAGCCUCUCGUCAGUUGGAAAAAGGCUAUAGGAGAUACCCCCGGUGAAUACAAAGAUCUUCGCUCAAAUGAUUCAAGCAUCCGCGUAGAGGAAGGAUCACUGUUCAUCAACAAUAUCCAGAAGUCCAACGAAGGCUACUACCUGUGUGAGGCAAUCAAUGGUAUCGGUUCGGGUCUGAGUGCGGUCAUUUUAAUCAGUGUUCAGGCACCACCGGAAUUCACCGAAAAACUUCGAAAUCAGACUGCUCGACGAGGAGAACCAACGGUACUGCAAUGUGAAGCCAAAGGCGAAAAGCCAAUCGGUAUCCUGUGGAACAUGAACAACAUUCGUCUGGACCCCAAAUCGGACAAUCGUUAUACUAUCAGAGAGGAAAUUCGUCCCGAUGGAGUUAUGUCAAGUCUUUCCAUUAAGCGUACCGAACGAAGUGACUCUGCUCUGUUUACUUGCAUGGCAACAAAUGCAUUUGGAAGUGAUGAUUCUAGCAUAAACAUGAUUAUCCAGGAAGCGCCAGAAAUGCCAUAUGCUUUGAAAGUUCUAGAUAAAUCGGGUCGAACGGUCCAACUGAGCUGGGCUACACCUUAUGGCGGAAAUUCUCCUCUGAAACGAUAUAUUAUCGAAUUCAAGCGAUCUCGUGGAACCUGGGAAAACGAUGUCGAUCGCGUGAUCGUACCUGGCCAUACCAAUGAAGCUCAAGUGCAGAAACUUAGUCCUGCUACCACUUACAACAUUCGAAUCGUUGCUGAAAACGAAAUUGGAGUAUCCGAUUCGUCGGAGGUGGUCACCAUAAUUACGGCUGAAGAGGCCCCGUCUGGCAAACCACAGGCAAUUAAGGUUGAUCCCAUCAAUCAGACAACACUGCGAGUAAGCUGGAAGGCUCCACCGCGUGCCGAAUGGAAUGGCGAUAUUCUUGGCUAUUAUGUAGGGUUCAAGCAAACCUCUCAGAACUCAUCUUACAUCUAUGAAACGGUGAACUACUCGCUAGAAGGUGGUGAAGGAAAAGAACAUAGCUUGGAAAUUAAUAAUCUUAAAACGUACACACAGUACUCAAUCGUGAUUCAGGCUUUCAAUAAAGUGGGAGCCGGUCCAAUGAGUGAGGAAGAAAAGCAGUACACCGCAGAAGGCACUCCCGAUCAACCACCAAGUGACACGAUGUGCACUACUUUGACAUCACAAACAAUUCGUGUUUCAUGGGUUAGCCCUCCACUGGAAUCGGCAAAUGGUGUAAUCAAGGGAUACAAGGUUGUCUAUGCUCCGAGUGACCUAUGGAAUGAUGACAAGAACAAAGAUUACAAGAAGACUGCCUCCAGUGACACCGUUUUGCAUGGACUAAAGAAAUACACCAACUAUACGAUGCAAGUUUUGGCUACUACAUCAGGUGGCGACGGCGUUCGAAGUGCUCCUAUCCACUGCCAAACCGAACAAGACGUUCCGGAAGCACCUACCGCUAUGAAAGCCCUUGUGAUGUCCGAAGGAUCUAUUCUGGUGUCGUGGUUAUCACCAUCGCAACCGAAUGGAGUCAUACUGCAGUAUACCGUAUAUAUCAAGAGUGGUGAACAGGAACCGAAAAGUCACAAAGUUCCCGCCUAUCAAAUGAGCUAUGAAGCGUCGAAUCUGGAAAAGAGUACCCAGUACAACUUCUGGGUAACCGCUAGUACAACAAUUGGCGAAGGACAACGUUCAAAAACUCUUUCCGCCAAGCCAAGUGAUAAGGUUCCUGCCAAAAUUGCCUCGUUUGAUGACACAUUUACCGCAACUUUCAAGGAAGACGCCAAACUGCCAUGUCUUGCUGUCGGAUCUCCAACUCCGGACAUCACGUGGAAAAUCAAAGGACAGGAAUUCGUUGCCAAUGAUCGCAUCCGGCAACUUCCGGAAGGUUCUCUUUUUAUCAAAGAUGUCAUCAGACAGGAUGCCGGAGAUUACACUUGUACAGCCGAAAAUUCGAUCGCCAAAGAUUCUAUUACUCAUCGACUGAUAGUCCUAGCACCACCUCAAUCUCCGCAACUAUCACUCACUGCCACUACCACCGACUCGCUAGCCGUUAAGCUAAAGCCACACGAAGCCGACACUGCCCCUCUUCAAGGCUACACACUCCACUACAAACCAGAAUUUGGAGAAUGGGAAACAAUCGACGUAGCACUUGAAGCUCCCAAAUACACCAUCGAAAAUUUGUACUGUGGUUCACGCUACCAGGUGUACUCCACUGCCUAUAACACGAUCGGUGCGGGUGAACCGUCGGAUAUCUUGAACACCCGAACCAAGGGCUCGAAACCACUGAUGCCGGAAAUGUCACGCUUCAUUGAAGUCUCGUCGAACUCGAUCACACUACACCUGCCAGCCUGGAAGGACGGUGGGUGCCGGAUGUCGCAUUUUGUCGUGGAGCACAAAAAGAAGGAUCAAAUUGAUUGGAAUCAAAUCUCGAAUAAUGUGAAACCUGGUGGUAACUUUGUCGUGUUGGAUCUGGAACCAGCAACCUGGUAUAAUCUGCGUGUAACGGCUCAUAACAAUGCCGGUUUCACCGUAGCUGAGUAUGAAUUCGCCACUCUCACCAUUACCGGAGGCACGAUCGCUCCUAAUUUAAGCUCGAUCCAGCCCGGUGUCGUGUAUCCGCCUUGGAUUCCUCACUGGAUCGAUCUGAACGUAAUGGUUCCCUUGAUUGCGACCAUUAUCGUAGUGGCGGUAGGUGUCCUAGUAAUUUGCGUAGCGCUCUCACGACGACGAGACGACGAUCCACGAUGCGGCCCGAAGGAUGUUUAUUACGAUGUCGUGUACAAUCAGUCAAUGGGACCGGCUGGUGCUGCAACUCUGGAUAAACGACGACCGGACAUUCGGGAUGAACUGGGUUACAUCGCUCCACCAAACAGAAAGCUUCCACCGGUGCCCGGAUCAAACUACAACACAUGCGACCGUGUCAAACGAGGAACUGUGAUAAGCCACAAUUCUAACAAUAAAUCAAACCACUCGACCUGGGACCCUCGCCGGCCGUUGUAUGAAGAACUGAAGAACGUGGCACCCUCGACUGCACGACGCUGCAACCAUCCGCCAGCGUGUUACGGCAUGGAAGACGAAAUUUGCCCAUACGCCACGUUCCAUCUGCUAGGUUUCCGUGAAGAAAUGGAUCCCACAAAAGCCAUGAACUUCCAGACCUUCCCACAUCAGAACGGUAUGGGCGGCCCAGGCCACAUGGGAACCAUGGGUUCCAACAUAGCCAUGCAGGUGCCGAAUCACGUGCACUCGCGUUCCGGAUCUCAAUCAAUGCCACGUCAGAACCGGUAUGCACGCAAAAAUAGCCAGGGAGGACAGAGUAGCAUCUACACUCCGGCUCCUGAGUACGAUGAUCCAGCGAACUGCGCCGAGGAGGAUCAAUAUAGACGCUACACUCGCAUUAACUCUCAAGGAGGAUCGAUGUACUGUGGACCUGGUCCGGAAUAUGACGAUCCGGCCAACUGCGCACCAGAGGAAGACCAGUAUGGAUCGCAAUACGGCGGAAACUAUGGUACCCCAUACGAUCACUAUGGAUCCCGAGGAUCUGUAGGACGUCGCAGCGUGGGUUCCCCGGAACCACCACCGCCACCGCCACGGAACCACGAUACCAGUAAUUCAUCGUUCAACGAUUCCAAAGAAAGUAACGAGAUUUCGGAAGCAGAAUGCGACCGAGACAACGGACCGCGAGGCAACUAUGGCGAAACAACCGAGGUUACGGAGAAAUCCACCGAUGCCCUCAAUGCCGAGGAGACUGAAAAAUUACUGAAAAGAAACGAAGUCAAACCCAAGUACGCCAAACAAACAGCAGCCCCCGCCGGUACAGGACUCACAGCCUACGAUACUAUGGCAGUGUAAUCUGUAAGCGGUUCGUCAGCAGCUAGACAGCCAAUCAUGAUCAACCAGUAGUAGUUCCCCGACAUCCAAAUUCCAUCAUUCUGUAAGUUUGAAUCCCGAGCUCCCGAGUGCCUCUCAUGUAUUAUGUACUCACAUCACAAAAUAGCUGCGGCACGACCAGGAGCUACGGGAGAACUUCCGCGCUGUCGCUAUGGCGAAUACGACCAUCAUCAAACUACCUUUAACUCUCCGCCUCAAGUCGCCGUCAAAAUCCGGACAGAUUGUCUGUUGUACAAUUAUUCUUAAACUCGUGAUUCAGUGUCUAUAGAUGUGUUACUACUGUGUAUGAAAAACCUCAGUCUGCGCAUUGUGUAUUCCUAGGUUUAGGUUACGACGAUAUUUGUUUGCUUUUUUUAAGAUUAUGAUUUACAAGCGAUUCGAGAAUGUGUCACCGGAUUGUGAUUGCACCUUGGACGAAAGCUCCUUUUACAACGCUCAUAUGUAUAUCGAAACAAGCAUAAUAAGCAAAAUUAGUCCUAAAUCUAACCAAUUUUACUGGAACAUCCAAAACAAAACAAAACAAAAAAAAGCUAUCAUCGACUACACUAAGUAAAUAGCACUACUUUUUACAGUACAGACGGCUACCUUUAUUGAAUUUCCAAUAACCUAAACGAUUAAGCGACAGACGGGAGGGUAUAAAAUCAAUCAAAUAUUAAUAAAAAAAAAAACAAUACUAACGAUGACGUAACGAUGAAAGUUAAUAUCACCACCAUCAGCACCACAAGACGACAUGAACCGGGCGAAGAAUAUUUGGCCACCAGAAACAGUACACAUAUUUACAUGUGCGCAUAAUACGAAGAUAGAACAGGACACUUCAGAAAGUAGAACCAAGACGAAAAUCUGCUAUCGACUUGUGAGGAACGAGUGAGAAAUUGUGUGAGAAAAGACUAUGUGAAAACGUCCCUGAAUCCAUUACGAGCGAUAAUUAUUGUAUAAUGUAUUAAGGUUCGAUGGUAGAUUUUACCAAACCCCGCCCCCUGUGUGAUGAUGACACCAUCGCCGAUAACAGAUGUAGGAAAAUGGUUGUCUUGAGACGAAGAUUCGAUACAAGAUACAAGCCUUAGUUUAGUACGUGAAAUGGACAAAAAAAGAAGUAAAGUUAAAUUGUUUAUUCGCUAUUCGCGCAGCAGCUAUGAAUAAACUUUUAUCCGAACGUUUAAAUAUUUAGUUCUACGAUGAUUAUGAAUUUUUUUUAAUAAGUAAGAAAGAGCUUUAAUUUUGCUUCCUGGCGAGCAUAUCGUUAGUGUUUAAGUAUUUUCUUCAAGUUCGUCAUAUGAUUUACUGUACUCAGCACACCUUUCAAGGUUUUACCGUAAAAUUCGUUAGGAUUAACAAAUGCUGUGAGAAAUGAAAAUACCAAAUAUGAAACCCAAACAAGACAUAACAGAAACGAAAUGUUGAUUGCUCAAUUUUUUCUACCGAUUGGAGCAUCGUCAAAAAGAAAAGAGCAUUGAAACAAAAAAACAUGACCACGUAGAUUGGAAAAAGCUUUCGCGUAGCCAACGUUUCCUAGUAGCGUCUUGUGUGGUAUGUAUGUUAUGUAUUAGAUAUAGCCCUUCAUGUUUCUUUAAAAUAACCGAAUGUGAAGAAAAUUUUAAACAAAACUCAACUGUCAAUAUUCCGAUAGGAUUGUGUGGAAAGUGACACCAGUGGAAUACUUCGCCAAACUUACCCAAGGUUAGUACUUAUUCGGCAAUUUUUCUCUACCUGUCAGAAUUAUCUUAUGUUGUUGUCCAAUGAUGGAACUCGAAACAAGAGUUUUGGAUUGCUUCCGUUUUAUCCAUACAAAAAAAACUGAAACUCACGAUAUAGUUUCCGUUAGGAAUACUAAUGACUUGAUCAGUUUAUUAAAACGGUUUUUCGUUUUGAUCUGUCGAAACUACCGAAUAGUUAUGUAAACACUAACGUAUUACAUGAUAAAUAAAUUUACUUGAUCGAAAAGUUCAAACAAAAAAUAUGAUUUAAUCAUAUAAAACAUGAGUCAUUUGAUAUCUGGAUGCAGAAAUAGCUGAUUUAUCUCGGAGCUAUAUUAAUGAAAUAAUGUUAAAUUACCAGUAAUCAUAUUCUGGAUUCGAAACGUUUACUGAAACGUUUCUCCGCUGACGGCUUGCCAAAUCAGGGCAAAGCUUUGCAGGUCCACUGUGAGCUUUAAUGUACAGAAGCAUCAUUUUUUCAGGCAUUCCUGUUUGUACAUUUGGAAAUGCACAGUCUUGUUCUUCACAAAAACUACCUUUAGUUUAGAAAGCUACCCAUAAUCCAUCUUUACAUACGUAACGUCGAUUAUAAGGAUGCAUUCUUCAUUUUUUGUAAGACCUUAUUGCAAAACUUUGGGGCACGUCUUUUGACCAUUAGAUUCUGUUUCUGUGUUCUCUUUGGUUGCUUCCCUACUCGGAAAAAGCGAAAUCUUUCUCUUCUUGUGACGGUGCUUCGGAUUACAGUGAAUUUGCUAGCAAUAGCUGCUGUUCUAUCAUCAAUUUAUGCCUCUAACGGAAAUAUUUGGUAACACUGCAUUCGGGCCAAUUUUAUCGACAUCUUGAUCCCUCAAUUUUCAACCGUUUCAACGUAAUUGAACUGAAAUUCGAUUCAGUUUCGAACCCGAUUUUUGUACCGGGUUUGCUCACACUCCCGUUACUAAGUGCGAACCCAACACUGUUCCGUGAAAAGUGUUUGUUUGAUGAAACUACCCCGGGUCAGUUUCAGUUUUCUCAAACGAAAACGUCUUUGGAAAAUCAAUCAAAUCAAAAUUCGAUGAAGCAUACACAGAUCCAAAAUGUUUUUCUCUCAGAAUGGCGAGUGGAGCUCCCUCUUCAGAAGACUGUCAUUUAUUAUUGUACAGUUUACACCAAAUCGUACUUUUAUUUAGCACCGAUGCUUGUGUAAUGAAAUAUGUGGUCACGGAAAUGCACCAGAAAUCCAGCUUUGAAAGCAUUCGACAAUAUAUCCAUGAAGAAUUCUCUUUCGAUAUACGGCUUUCGUUCACUUCGCAGCAACAUAAAUACAUGGCACAUGAUCUUAAUACCUUAAUAUUUUUCCAAAUAUAGGAAUAAUUUUUCUGAUCAUUUAAUGAUAAGAAAUGUUAAAGGGGCAUGAACGUGUCAAAGAAAAACGUUUUUUGCCAACACAAAAAAUGUCAAACGGACAAGAUCGCGGUUCGAUGGAAAACGACAUUGAAAUUUUAAAACUCGAUGUGGAGAACUUCGGUUUUUCAAUAUCUAGUUCCAGAAUUUCGGGUUGCCGAUAUAGUAUUGAAAUUCAAUUUUUUUGAGCGAUUAAACAAGCAAGAGCCUCAAUUUCCAGCGCUUUAUUUUGAUCAUGUUUGCGAAUUGUAGACAUGAUGCAGGAUCGUAGCCUUAUCUAAGUUCGAUCACAAAAGUUGGAGAGUUUUGAAACGAUUGAAGUCGAAAUUGAGUUAGGUUAAAUUGGAAACUUCAGAAGAGUAUGUAAUGUUGAUGUAUGCCUAUUGUGAAAAUGAGAACAAUCUGUAUAAUAGAGAUUAUUAAUCUUACAAGCACAUCUGACUUUAUUUCGAGUACAAUUGGCAAUCUAAUGCAUAAAGAGACAACGCGUUUAGCCAAAUACACAGAUCUGCAAUCUGCAAAAAAAUCUGCAGACUUCAAAAAAAUAAAAAUGAUGCACGGAACUGGUAUAUCGUGCAAAACAAUACACAUUGCGACGUUUUCAAAAAGUCGGAAAUUUUUACGAAUUUCCGCGAAAAACUUGAUUUUCGAAAGUCUGUGACAAAACCAUGUCUGCAGCUUCAUUAAGAAAUAUUCAUAUUUACAGACAAAUCUGCAGACCGGGCAACUCUGGUUACAAGUUGAAGUUGAUAAAAUUUUGGUAAAUAAUAGCAGCCAGUGUUAAUAAAGAGAAACUGUCGUUUACUGAUGCGACCUUUUGAAAAAAAAAAUCAUUAAAUUCAUAAAAAUUACACUUAACUUAUAAAAUAAGUGUAAAAACUAUGCAAUUUCUGUGGAAAUCAUGCACAUCAAAACGAUAAAAUAUACCGUUUCUGCCAGAUUCUGUAUGGAAUUUCAUAUGAACGUUACAUUUCCACUUGAAAAUGAACCGUUUAACACAUGUGAUUCGAUUCAAUAGUAAAACACAUCACAUUCAAAGGAAAAACACAUCUAGGCUAAACGGGAAAGAAACUAAAUUUGCAACAGAAAAAAUAUUUUCACUUGUUUUUGGAUUGAAAUGAUAAAAGCAUAUUAAACUGAAGUGCUCUUUACAUAUGAAUUGAUAGUACCUAUUUUUUUCAGUGUACUAUUAGAAAUCUACGGAUGCUAUGUUAAUGAGCUUUGUUCAAAAUAGUUUUCUUACUAUCUAGUUGGCGUAGUUGAUAGAAUUUUCAUUCACUUUCGAAAGGGUUCACUAUCUACACAAUACUAUCGUGUGCGAUUACGAUUUCUGUCUUACAUUGGUCCUAGAUCGAGGUAUAAUAGGUAAAGAUUGUCUGAUUACGUUCAAAUACGGACAAAGUCGGCACUAAAACCGGAUUAGAGUAGCGUAAAUUAGUUGCUUGUAGAGUCUGAUGGUUGUGAAAAGGGACUUUUCGCCGCCUUUAAUUAUUUCUGCAUAUCGGUUAUUUCGCUUUUAGUUCGUUUUUCUAUUAAUACCAUAUGAUUAGUGCUUUUGCUUGUGCCAGUAGACAUAGUAUAGAUAAAGCACAAUGCAAAUCGAGUGAACAGUAAACUCUAUCUUCCGUCUUGAGGCAACCGCCAUGAAUGCGAAACAAUGCGUCGUUUAUCGGUGCUCAGUAGAAAUGGUUGACGAACAAAAGUAAAAGCAUUUAUAUAAACAAUGAUAUCCUUUUUUGCUAGGUAUGUUUAUAUAUAUAUAACUAAUAAAAUAACUACAAGUUACUGUAAACGAUUAUAAUACUUCCUACUCAAGUAACCAUUAACACGCAUAUACACUAGAAACUCUCGAACUCAGUUAUUAUAAACUAACACAAAUAAUAACGAAUCACUUUUGUAAUUUAUUGAACAUAGUCAAGUAAGUGAAUAGGAACAAAUUUUUAUAAUGUGUGAUGAAAUUUUUCGGUACCACUAUUCGUUUCAUGGAUUUUCCAUUUUCCACUUUUUGUAUAAAUUGUAUUUCUGUACUUUGGAGUAUCAUCUUCUAUUUUGGUCAAAAGAUCUGAGAAAGCGUGAUUAAACAAAUUAUUUCAAAAACCUGAAAACUAAAGACUAUUGCGAUUACCAAAAUUAUAAGAAUACAAAAUAUGUAACGUAAUUGUAACACAUUUGGUACUCACUCAUAGCGUAGCAAACUAAGCCAAUCCAAAAAGCAUAAUACAGUGUAUUCCACCUAAUAAAAAAAAAAGUUACAAAACAAAUACCAUGUUGAAUAAAACAAAGUCAAAAUUAUAGAUAACAAGUUACACUUAAACAUUGUUUGGACAAAUACAAGCUAAAAUACGAAAAUCCAAUGUUGGAAACUAUUUGGAAAAAAAUAUCUAGAAACAUUAGGGAAACAUUAUAUCCGCCAAUGAUGAAGAGCUUAUAAUUUGAAACAAACAUCCCAUUCAUCAAUGUCACCUAAAUAGCAUUGGUUUUGGUAAACUGUUUGCCCAAGUUUGCUUCUUACUUUCGAUAAUAAGUUCAUUCUAGUCAAUAUUUGCAGUUUUCCAUUUGAAGAAGAAAAAAGGUAAAAAACAACACAAAGCGCGCUGCAAUUCCCAGAACGUUGUAUGUCUUACUCGAGUGCCAUAAACUUUACUUCUUCCUCCCUUCGUUCAUUAACUAAACCGAUACAACAGGACAUACACAUCUCCACGCACAAACCGAACCAAAAAUAAUGAAAAUCAGAAUAAAUCAUAAAUUGCGGUAAACAAACAUCACACAAACAAUACUCGAUACAAAGGAAGCUAAUCAAAACACAUGCAAUUGUGUACAAAAAUGUAGUAUUGCGUUCCCUUUUGCUUAACCGCGUAAAUAUCUAUGCGUCCCACUAGCAGCAAGAGAAGAUUGAUUCUAAAUAGGUGAUGUUACACUGGUAGAUAUUUUUGGAUAAAAAGUCGCGUACUUUUAAUUUCUCUACAAAUUAAAAACAAUGAUUCUGAUUAAAAAACCAUUGAUUCCUUUUCCCAUCGAAUUUAAAAAUUGCGGCUCGAUUUAAAUUGAAUAAUCUACCAAUGGUUCAUUCUAUUACACACCAAACUUUAGUAACUGAAUGGUCGAUAAAGCCAUAUAGCUAUCCACUAGCAGAUUGCGAACAGCCGUUUUAUGCUUUACGUCAAAUCCAACGCUCUACUAUUGCUGGUACAUGUGAAGUCAUGCAUAAAUAAAGAACGACGGUAUGAAAAACAAGCAAAACAAAACACAAUUUAACCCAUCAUUUUGAAUGUAGUUGUAUGAGCUCGCUUUAUUAUGACGUCAAAUGCAACAAGAUAACCAAAACAAAGAAAAAAGAAAAAAUCUUGACAAAAAUGACUAGCAAUUAAAUUAAAAUUUGAAGGAACAAAAUGAAUAAAAGGAAAAAAACCGAAGAAAGGAUAACGUAAGAUUGUGGAACACGUACGAAUACACAAACGCAACUCCAUUCUAAUAUAAAUUCAAAAAUAAUCAAUAAAAAAAUGGAAAAAGUUUA